AUGGCAUCAGGACUCGGUCGGAAAGCCGUCCAAGGCAUUGCUGCAGGCAUCGGGCUUGUCUCUGAAGCACGAUCGGCCCGCAAGACAAAAAAGCAGAAUCAACAGCAAGAACAAUCACGCGAAUUACCAGCCCCCGAAAUUGAAAGGGGACUACCCCAACAUCAUGAGCAGUACGAAGCUCCCCCUUCAUAUGAACCAGAGGGUGAAGGAGUGACCCCCCUUGAGAAAGCACCCUCUGGGUCUCUCGAAGCGCAAUGGGCUCUGGAUGAGGCACAACAAGAGCUUCAGCAUAUGACGCCGGGACAUGUAAAUAAUCACGAGAAGGAAGGAUCUCCGGAACGCCUUGAUGAAGAGGGUCUCGCCCAUAGAUUUGCGUCUUCAUAUCCUGCCCCACCGCCUUAUCCAGCCAUACAAGAAGGAAGUGCAACAGCACGACCACAAUUGUCGGCACCGGUCGUACUGCCCCAGCGCAGGCCAAAGAACAGCGAACGCGGCUUCAUUCGUGCGUAUGCGCCGGCAUUGAACGAGUGUGGUAUCGACCAGGAUAUGUUCAUCGACUUCCUUAAUACGGCGGAAAAGGCCUGUCAAGGAUCUCCAUGGCUGAAUGCAAUCAACUUGGCCUCGAUUGGAACAAUGUGGAUGCCCACUGUCACGGGAAUGGCCGUUUCAAUUGCUAUUCAGCUCGCCACUGAUGUUGCUAUUGCGGUGGACGGUCGUCGCAAAACCAAUAUCUUUUUCAACAAGAUGAACAAGGAAUUCUUCCAACCUCGAGGCCUGUACUGUCUGCUCAUGACUUGGGAUCCCGAAUUGCCAGAUGCUCCUUCUACCACGAUCGACCUUAAUUCGUUCAUCUCCAAAGCUGUCGGUGGCGGAGGCUCUGACACGCUGGGUCGCCUUCGUCAUAAAUUCAAGUCGUCAGAUGGCAAGGCCUACGGUAAUAUCUUCCCAGAGGUUGCACCCCUGGUCUUCCCUCAGAUCGAUCAACUAGCAUCCGACAAAGACGCGCAAAAGAAGUUUGCCAACCUGAAGAGGAAAAAGGAGUUUGUUGGUGGCUAUCUGGACAAGAGGGCUCAGGCCAAAUUUGCUGCCGAAAACCCCGACAGUCAUUUGAGCCAAGGCCCCAAGCCGACCUUUUCUUCGCGAUAUGCCGAUCCCAACCAUGCAGCCAGUAGCGGCGAUCCCCUGGCUCUGAUCACUGCUGGCCGUUUCACCAUGGAAAAGCUGAAUGAUAUGAGAGGCCGGGGUGCAGGGAGAUCAGUAGACCAAUACCAAUACCAAGAUCAAUACCAAGAACGCCGGGAUUAUGGUUCAAAUCCACCAGCUCCCCACGGCAAACCAUUUGGACUGUUCGAUGCCAUCAACACCAUUCGAGAUCUACGCAGUCCCCAAAACGGUGCCUCUCGUCAAGAUGGUGCUUCUCACGGCGGUCCUGCUGUCGGUGUACCUGUUGGCAGGGGACUAGACCGAUCUGCUGGGGGUCCAGAAGGGACUUCUAAUCCAAUCGCCAAGUUGCUGAAGAAGAAAGUUUUAUAUUUGGCGAUUGUGAAUAUGCCGUCGGAGGAUGAGAUGAGUCGGGCCCGUGAGGCAUUGCGGCAGGCUGCAUGA